AUGCUCAAUCUCUUCCGCAUUGCCGGGGACUUGUCCCACCUUGCCAGUAUCGGCAUUCUCCUCCACAAGAUGGUGCAGCUGAACAGCUGUUCUGGUAUCUCGUUCAAGUCGCAAGCCCUUUACUUCCUGGUGUACAUCACCAGUCUAUGGAAUCUCGUUUUCAAGAUCCUCUUCAUCUCCUCCCAAGGGUACAUCGUUUACCUGAUGACGACCGCAUACAAGCCAACCAACGACCCCAACCAGGAUACCUUCCGCGUCCAGUAUCUGCUCGGCGGAGCUGCCGCUCUGGCCAUCAUCUUCCCCUACUCUUACACCUUCUGGGAGAUCUCUUGGACCUUCUCCAUCUGGCUCGAGGCCGUUGCCAUCUUGCCUCAGCUUUUCAUGCUUCAGCGCACUGGCGAGGCAGAGACCAUCACCACGCACUACCUCUUCGCCCUAGGUAUCUACCGUGCCCUGUACAUCCCCAACUGGAUCUACCGUUACUUCACAGAGGUGAACCACAAGGUUGACUGGAUCGCCAUCACCGCCGGUAUCAUCCAGACCAUCCUUUACAGCGACUUCUUCUGGAUCUACUACACCAAGGUGAUGAAGGGCAAGAAGUUUAAGCUGCCCGUCUAA